AUGCCGGAGAAGGAGAAGGAAAAAGAUCCACAACAAGAGAUUAAAGAAGAGACUAAUUUGUUGCUUGAUGAUUCUCAUCCCUACAGUGAAUUGAGGCUGCGGAAAGUGACGGCGAGGGUGCGGAAAAGGUCUGAUCAAUGUAUUCAGAUCGAAUCUCGGUGGUUGGUAGCAGAAUCAGCUCGAGAGACGGUGCGGGAGAUGUUGAUCCAUCUGUAUAAGUGUGGAAAAGGUCUUAUCGAUGCGUUCAAGUCGAAUCUUGGUGGUUGGGAGCAGGAUCAGCUCGAGGUACGGGCAUUUUGGGUCGGUACGGUUUAG